AAUACAAUGUGUAAUCCCUUCUAGAACCGUCGCUCAUUUAGACAUAUUCAAUUUUUAAUACAAUUUCUUUGGACUAUUUUAGCUUAAGAUAUUAUUGGAGAAUGGAUUGAUUUGUCUAGUGCAUAUAUGCUUUGGUUAGGGCAAUUGAGAGCAAAUCUCUUGAGGUUGAUCAGCAAUGACUAACUUUAGAUAUGUUUUACUUUUGCUAAAAUUCUUAAUGGUAUACCCUUUUACAAUUAGUAUCUUCUUAUGAUUUUUACGAGUUCUUGGUGAAUUUGAUGAUGCAUUUGACACUGACAGUUUAAAUUUUAGGCUUUGCAUCUGCCUUAUCAUGUUUAAGCAUUAACUGAAUUUGGUCACCUGCUAAUCUUUGGGGCUAUUCUAGUUUCCAAUCAUGUCAUUGUCUAGAUAUUCAUCGAUUGUAUUAUGCUCUACGUUGAGUCACAAGCAGGUCUUUGUACAUUUGCAUUGGCCCUUUGGUUGUGCUAAUGAAAGAUGUGGAAGGCACUUGCAGGCUGAGAAGAUUGGAUUGGAAUCCAUGGAUGUAGAAGCCUUGAAGAAGCUCAACAAAAACAAGAAGUUGGUGAAGAAACUCGCCAAAAAAUAUCAGGCUUUCUUAGCUUCUGAGGCUGUCAUUAAGCAGAUUCCUCGGCUUUUGGGUCCUGGACUCAAUAAGGCAGGAAAGUUCCCAACUCUUGUUUCUCACCAGGAAUCUCUCGAAGGAAAGGUUAAUGAGACCAAGGCUAUGGUCAAGUUCCAGCUUAAGAAGGUGCUCUGCAUGGGAGUAGCCGUUGAUGGAUCUCAGAGUUGGAGCAUUUGUUUUAGCAAAUUCACUAGUUUCUCGUCAAGCACGGAAAAUUGCAUCUGUGUAAAAACUGGAGGACUGCAAUAAUUUCAUCUAGUCCACUUAUCUUCUUAGGAUUUUUUCGUCUUCUUACAACAACUGGUGUGGAUUAUCAGUUCUCGAAGCCCUAUAUAAUGACCGAUGGGAAAGGCUAGGAGUGCUGGCCAGAGUGCUGACCAGGAGGAGGAUGAUGAAACUCUACUGCUUGUAGAGUAUGUGUAAAAUGUAGAUAUAUGUUGGUGUUCUUUCAUUUCUUUGUUUUUUCUUUUGUUCCGGGGGGCAAUAUACAGUGCUAAUGAUAGCCCUUCCGAUGAUAGAUUUUUGUAUAAGACUGUUGCAAUUUUAGCCAUAUGAAUAAAGUAUUCCUUUCUGUGUA